CCGCGUUAUGUUCUUAAAAUAUGGUUUUUAUGUAAAUAGCAUAAAGAAACAAAAUUAAAAUAGGCCAUGGUCUAUAUAUGUUGGUCAAUAGAGAUCAGAUCAGAUCAAACCGUGACGAGAAAAAAAAAAUGGGUUCGAAGACAUCAACAAAUAUGGUUGCUCUUCUCUUAUCUCUUCUUAUUCUGAUUUUCACUCUUUCCUCUCAAGUUAAAGUCGUCGAGGCUACAAGUCGCAAACUUGCAAACGGAAGGCCCAUCGUGUGGACUCCGGCAUCUAGAUCAUGUGGAGCUUCCCAUGCAUCGUGGAAGAAGAAUAAUGGACCUUGUAAACGUCCUCCGAGAACAGCUCCUGCUUCUUACAACUCUCCUUAAAACCAUAAAACACAUUUUUCUGUUUUUUUUUUUUUUUUUUUUUUGGAAUCUUUGGCUGAUUUGAAACAAACAAAUUGUAUGGUUUUUGUAUGAAUUAGCGUGUACUCAAAUUAUGAACUAUGCAACUCCAUAUAACCUAUUUCCGAUUGUGUAGAUCGUCAAAAUAUGUACCAAUUUUGUAUUUUUGUUAUGAGAUAUAUGUAGCAAAUUUCAGAAAACAAACUUCUUACUACU